CCGCCGCGAUCGUGUCUGUUCCCCGGAAGAAAAGGGCCGCGCAAGGUGGGGACGGAGGAGGUGGCUCGCUCGGCCCCCGCCCCCGCCGGCUGGAGCCCGGGGACGCGCUCAGCGCCCAGCGCAGGGGCGACCGGAGGCUGCUGCUGCGGACCUCGCCCCGGGGGGGACCGGCCGGGAACGAGCCCGCCAUGGCUCCGGGGGACCUGCAGCUUUGCCGCCGCAGCAGGGCUGGCCCCGGGCCCCGCCAGCAGCCGCCGCCCUGGGGGCGCCGGCUGGUGCGGCUCUGCCUGGUCUGGGGGGCUCUCUGCAGCCCGGGCGGCUCCGCCUUCAACCUGGACACCAAAUUCUUGGUCCUGAAGCGGGGGGCGACCGAAGGCAGCUUCUUUGGCUUCUCGGUGGCGCUGCACCACCAGACGGACGGGCUGGACAGAUACCUGCUGCUGGCUGGAGCGCCCCAGGACGUGGCAGCUGGGACGGAGAACGCCACACGGACGGGGGCCAUGUAUUCCUGCCCCCUGAGUGUCUCCACGAACGACUGCAAGCGAGUGGACAUCGAGGAGAAGAGUGAACCACGGAAGAACAUCAUUGAGGACAUGUGGCUGGGGGUGACCAUCGCUAGCCAGAGACAGCCCUCGGGGAGAGUGCUGGCCUGCGCUCACCGAUACACUAGGGUCCUGCUGUCUGGCAACGAAGACCAGCAGCGCAUGGUGGGGAAGUGCUACGUCCGCGGCAAUGACCUGCAGCUGGAGCUGGCUGACGACUGGCAGACCUACCACAAUGAGAUGUGCAACUCCAACACCGAAGAGACUGGCAUGUGCCAGAUGGGCACCAGCGGCGGCUUCACCGCCAACACGGUCUACUUCGGGGCCCCGGGCGCCUACAACUGGCAAGGGACGAACUACGUUCUGCAGCGAGAUAGCUGGGACCUGGUCGACUUCUCCUACCCCAACCAUGACAACGGCAACAUCUACAUAGGCUACACGGUCCAAGCCGCCAGCGCCGUCCUGCACCAGAGCCAGGUGACCCUUGUCACUGGAGCUCCCCGCCACCAGCACGCGGGCGCCGUGUACCUGCUGACGGACACCCGCAACACCCUGGAGAAGAGCCUGGUGCUGCCUGGGGAGCAGGUGGGCUCCUACUUCGGGAGCGCCAUCGCCCUGGCGGACCUCGAUAAUGAUGGGUGGCAGGACCUGGUGAUUGGGGCCCCGUACUACUUUGAGAGGAAGCAAGAGGUGGGUGGCGCCGUCUACGUGUACAUGAAUGAGGCCGGCCGCUUCCAGAACUGGUCCAGCCUGGUUCUGAAGGGACCCAGCAACUCAGCCUUCGGCUUUGCUGUGGCCAGCAUCGGGGACGUCAACCAGGACGGCUUCCAGGAUAUCGCCAUUGGGGCUCCCUUCGAGGGCCCUGGCAAGGUUUACAUCUACCACAGCAGCUCAGGGGGGCUGGUGGCCGAGCCCCGGCAGGUGAUCAGCGGGGCAGAGCUGGGCCCGUCCGGCAUCCAGACCUUCGGGUACUCCCUGAGUGGGGGGCUGGACGUAGACGGAAAUUCCUACCCGGAUCUGCUAGUGGGGAGCUUGUCAGAGCAGAUAGCUCUGCUCAGAGCUCGACCUGUGAUCAACAUCUUGAACAAAACCUUCACGGUGAGCCCCAGCCUGGUGGACCCGGCCAAGUGCACCCCACACUCCUGCAUCCAGGUGCAGAUCUGCUUCUCCUACAACCAGAGUGCUGGGGACCCCACGUACAAGGAGCAAAUCAGCCUGCUGUACACCCUGGAGGCUGACAAAGACCGGCGCCCGGCCCGGGUGAGGUUUGCCGGGACGCACUCCGCUGUUUACAAGGGCGUCUUCACCAUGCCAGCCGCCAAGUGCCAUGACCUGCAGCUCCUCCUGCUGGAGAACAUCCGGGACAAGCUGCAUCCCAUAGUUCUGCACAUGAGCUACUCCCUGGAGGAGAAACCCAGGCACUUCCAGCUGGGGCCCCGCUCUCUCAGCGCCUUCCCCGUCCUGAAUGAGGAUCAGCCCCGGAAGAACGACACCGAGAUUAACUUCCAGAAAGAAUGCGGCCUGGACAACAAGUGCAACAGCAACCUGCAGCUGCAAUGCGCCUUCGUCAACGAGCAGAACCAGCCGCUGCCCCGGCUGAAUGGGACCCAGGUGCUGCAGUACAGCCGGGACGUCCGGAAGUUGCACCUGAGCAUCAACGUCACCAACGCCCCCUCGACGGGCACCAAUGGCGAGGACGCCCACGAGGCCCAGCUCAACAUCACCGUGCCCCCCGCCCUGCUGCCCUCCUCCGUCCGGCCCAACGGCGCCUGCACCUUUGAGGAGACGGUGCUGUGUGACCUGGGAAACCCCUUCAAGAAGAACCAGAGGGCAGAGCUGAUCAUCACCUUCGAAGCCAUCGGCAUCACCCUGGACACCCGCGAGGUCAUGGCUCAGCUCCAGCUCUCCACGCUGAGUUACCAGGAGGAUCUGCAGCCAGUGUGGGCCGAGCUGCAGGUGGACUACACCGUCCAGGCGUCUCUCACCCUGCUGUCCCCACCCCUCCAGACAUCCUUCAGCGGGAAGGUGAUGGGGGAGUCCGCCAUGAAGAGCGAGCUGGAUGUGGGGAGCCCGGUCAGCUUCAAUUUCCAGGUGAGCACCAAGGGGGAGUCUCUGGGCUCGCUGGGCACCAUCGUCCUGGGCUUCGAGUGGCCCUACGAAAUCCACAACGGCAAGUGGCUGCUCUACCCCACGGAGAUCCUCGUGAGCGGCAACGGGGACCAGCACUGCCAGCCACCAGGGGGCGUCAUCAAUCCCCUCAACCUCAGCCUCCUCUCCAGCUCUGCCCGGCAGAAGCGCGACCUGGAGACGGCGCUGCAGGCCGAGCCCCCCGUCAUCCUCGCCACCUCCAAGAAAGCCAAGUCGGAAACAUUGCUGAGCUGCUCUAAGGGAUCGUCUCGCUGCAUCUGGUUCCAGUGCCCCAUCUGGGACUCCAGGCACACGACGACUGUCAGCGUCCGAGCGCGGGUGUGGAACAGUACCUUCAUUGAGGAGUUCAGUGACUUUGACCGUGUCAAGGUGGAUGGGCUGGCGACGCUGUUCCUCAAGACAAACGUUCCCACCAUCAACAUGAAGAACCACACGGUGCGGUUCUAUGUGGACAUCGACUCGGAGCUGGUCGAGGAGCAGCCGGUGGAGAUCGAGCUGUGGCUGGUGCUGGUGGCGGUAGGGGCAGGGCUGCUGUUGCUGGGGCUGAUCAUCCUGCUGCUGUGGAAGUGUGACUUCUUCAAGCGGACCCGCUAUUACCGGAUCAUGCCCAAGUACCACGCGGUGCGGAUCCGCCAGGGGGAGCGCUACCGGCCUGCUGACGGCUUCCUGCCCCGGAAGCACAAGAAACACUGGGUAACAAAUUGGCAGGAGUCGGAGAAGUACUACUGACCCUUCCCUCCCCCUCCUGCCACCCUGUCUGCUCGGCUUGCCCCGUGACCACGUCGCUGCUAUGUGUAACUAGCCCAGGGACCAGCCCCCUGUCAGCGAAGGACAUGUUAUUUAUCCUAAGUUAUACCGCAUAGAACGGCAACCCCAAAGCUUUCUCGAGGGGCCUGGGAGCAGCCGUGCAACACGAGACCCGGCAGUGGGAACACGAGGGGCUUUUGUUUUGCACAAAUGGAUUAUUUCACACAUAUAGACACACUCUUCUGCCUGGGCAUAAUUGCUGUGUGUUCGGUCUGGGCCCCAGCCCUCACCCUGCCCCCAGCUCUCUCGCUCUCUGUCACGCUCGCGUGUACUGCAAAGUGCCUCCUUACGCACAGACAGCGUGUGGUCUCGCACAGCCCCUCGGCAUCUUGGCCGUGCACUUGUGCACAGAUGGUUGGGUCUUACCCGAAGCUCUUGGGUGCACAGAGCAUUGCUUUGCCUGCCCUUUACACACACGCACACGCACACACACACACACACACACACACACACACACACACGGAGAUGAGCUCUCAUGCAAUCAAGUCCCCGCACACACUUGGAAGCUUACAGCAUUUUGGUGUGGGUUGUGACGAGAUCCCAAGACGCCCACGAACCACAUGACACCCCCACCACUGUCCCAUGCUUGCCCACAGAUGACUAGUGCACAGAGCAUGCUCCUCCUCCGGGAUCCGGCUGCACGCACGGCCCCUCGUGCACAGACUCGCUUGCACCGAUUCGCUCGGGUGGCGGUGAAUGCAGCACACGGACACUCGCCCUGACCCGUGCGGUCUUUGAUGCACGUUCAUGGUCGCUGCUUCUCCCCGGGACCUGCCAACGCCCCCGCUCAGCCGCCGGCAAUGGCCCUGGCAUUCUGCACCCAGACAGAAGAGGGGAAGCGGCUCCCCUACUCGGAACCCCCUGCUCCUGUAGGGGGAUGAGCCAAGGCAACACCCUUCAGCCUCAUCACGGCCCCCUCCAUGCGCCACACUGGAUGUUUUGCCACUGAAGUUUCUUAUGUGAGAGCUACUGGUACCUUUCCCGGCUUGUCCCCUGGGCGUCCUUUGUUUGGGGGGAAGAGCAGCCGUUCGCCGAUUGUUACUGGGGUACAACCCAGGGAGAGCCGUGCUUUUGGUCUGGGAAGGGUGGAUGUUGGGGUGGGGGGGGGAGGCAAGGCCAGGCUUUGUCAUCCCCGCGGGAUGGUCCCUCCCCAUCGACUUGCAAGCAGCAGGUCUCGGCUCCCCUCCAAGGAUGGGACAGGUAAGGGCUCUUUUCAGCCGAGGCUUGGCUGUGUAACCAGCCGGAUGCAGGGGUCAAACACUACCUGAUCUUUAUUGACUCCUCUGAAGGAACAGACUGUGGGCCCUAUGCGCCCCAACUCUGCCCACCCCCCACCCCCCUGCAAGGCUGCAGGCUGGGAUCUCGCUUUGAGCCUUAAACUGCAGGGGCUGAUUUGAGGCUACUGCAGCCUUGAUCCCUGUGUGGCGUUAUGCCCCCCCCCCCCACCCGUUAGCCCUGUUGGAGCCGAUGCAACUAGAGAAAAGUCUGCUCUGCGUCCUGCUGAAUCUGCCCUUGUCUAGGGAGGUGCUGCUAAGUCGGGGGAACCUCAGGGCUCUUUGUAGCUGCAGCACCAGCUUCCUCCCAUUCAUGGUCCCCACUUUCUGGUAGCUGGAUCUGCUUAAGCCUAGAGCCAGUGGUCCCCUCUCCAGCUACUCCUAGGGAGUAGCACAGGACUUGACCCCAGGGGUCCUGCAACAGGAAAGGCCUGGCAGGGGAUGUUUUCACAGGGUUACCGCUGAUCCUGCCCCAGUCAGCACUCUGCCCCCACGUGGCCCCCUCAGCUGCUGCAGGCAUCACCGGGCCUCCCUUUCCCAUCCCAACCGUGCAGCUGAGUUUUCAUGCUCCGUCGGCUGGAAGGAUCCAUGGGCAUGAAACGUUCUGUUCCCAGCACUCCCUAGCCGCUGGGCACGUUCCGCUUGUGCGCUCUUGCUAGGGGGCGUUCUUGCAGGCAUCACACAAUGCUUUAAUUAGGAGGUGUCACCCUGGUUUACAAUAAAGGAACCUGCAAGAAUGAGAGUUUCCUACGCUGACCACUCUCUGACACUCCCUCUGUGCCCUCGGCUGGGGAUAUUAAAUUAUUAAGCGUGUAUUUGGGGUUUUUUUGCUGUUGAUCACUGGAGUUCGUUUCUUUUAUGGUACUGGAGGGCUGGAGUCACUGCGCCUUGAUGUGAAUAUGCUUGAGCGGUUAUGAUGGUGUCAAAUAAAAAUUGCUCCUUGAUUUGUAA